GAACUUCAACGUAGACUUUGACUCAAAAUGAGGAACGUUCCUCUUAAUAAGGUACACUUUAAAGGAACGUUAAAUACUGCAAAGAAAAACAUUUCCUAGAAGAAUAUACGAGUAUGUACACUGCGUAGGCGUCCACUCUAUUAGGGGCACAGUGACACCUUCAUCCUACACCGCUGAGGGCGACAGCAGGACGCCAUCACGACUCAAGGGGCCUGAAAGGUCUGAUAAACAUCAGCCGCGUGAGGGGAGGACCUUACGCGUAGAGAUGCUGAUGAGGUCAGGCAAGUUAGUGUAGCAGCAUGGCUUCGUUUGGGAUCUCCAAGGAACUAGAACGGCCUCCUCGGCGGCCUUUUCUGAUCGGUGUUAGUGGUGGAACCGCUAGUGGCAAGUCCACAGUAUGUGAGAAGAUUAUGGAACUUCUUGGGCAAAAUGAGAUAGACCAGCAUCAGAGAAAAGUUGUCAUUUUGAGCCAAGAUAGAUUCUACAGGGUUCUGACACCUGAGCAGAAAGUCAAAGCACUGAAGGGACAGUACAACUUUGAUCAUCCAGAUGCCUUUGACAAUGAUUUGAUGAAAAGCACACUAAAAGACAUCAUGGAAGGGAAGCCAGUUGAAGUACCAAAAUAUGAUUUUGUGACACAUUCCAGGCUACCAGAGACUAUGACGGUUUAUCCAGCAGAUGUUGUACUUUUUGAAGGAAUUUUGGCAUUUUAUAACCAGGACAUUCGAGAUAUGUUUCAUCUCAAAUUGUUUGUUGAUACAGACUCUGACGUUCGCCUGUCUCGAAGAGUUCUCCGUGAUAUGAGUCGAGGGAGGGAUCUAGAACAGAUCCUGACGCAGUAUACCACGUUUGUCAAGCCUGCUUUUGAGGAGUUCUGUUUGCCGACAAAGAAAUACGUAGAUGUGAUUAUACCCCGAGGUGUCGACAACAUGGUUGCCAUUAACCUGAUAGUGCAACACAUCCAAGACAUCUUAAGUGGAGAUCUGUGUAAAUGGCAGAGGGGAGCAGUGAAUGGAAAUGGGAAGAGUCAGAAACGACUGAUUUCUGACCAGGGAGAUGGUAGCGGUGUGCUCAUUCCAGGAAAACGUGUUCUUCUAGAACCUAGCAGCCGGCCUCACUGAACCAUGGCAAAGCUAUAUACGACAUUAUCUCAAGUGUUCCUUCCUCCUCAUCACACAAGUUAUAUAUUUACUGCUCAGAACUCAUGGGCCUGAGCACUGAGGAUGUACUUUCAUAUGUUUUAACUUUUAUGGUGAUAAGGGAAUCGCGAAAUCAGCAGAGUUCACAGGUAUCCUGUUUGUAAAAUGCUUACGAUAUAUUUAAAAAGAAGAUGUCAUUUGAGAAUUUCAGGGUACGUUUUAGACAUGGAAAGACCUCUUUACCUUACUGUGAUAAAAUAAUGUGAACAUGUAGCAUGAAGUUACUUUUUUUUAACUAGAAGUCAGUUGCCAGUUCUGUUGCCCAAACAUGGUGGCAACAUUUUAUCUUGUUCGUAAUUGUUUCUCUCUCUUGUUUAGGGAACAGUGAGUUUUCCUGUCAUAUAGGAAAUACUGAAUGUGUGCUGCUGAGUUUCUGAGUUCCUGAUUCACUGUUACAACACGUAAGAGUUACAAAACCAAGGAAAUAUUUCAGAAUCAUAACAUCUGACUAACACAAAAACUGCUGAUUUAAAAUCAAUGGAAAUGAUUAUAUAAAAGGUUUCAGUUACUGUAUUAGACAUAGGACAUUGUUUUUGCAGGGGGACAAGCGUCUGUGUACCCUUUGAGUGUGUAUGUGCAGCUGGAGAGCUAACUGCAGCCACACUGCCAAAAUACUCUAAUGCUAGGCUUGCAUACCCUUGGGGCUAAAGGAGCUACUUCAUGUUCUUAAAAAAAAAAAAAGUACUUAGUUUACUGUGAGGCCAUGUGACUUCUGAGCUGAAAUAUACUACUACCCAGGGUGUAGGGAUCACAGACAAGUACGUCUUCCCCCUGCAUACAGUGACUUUUAGAAGUCCUGUAUCUGAUACAAACAAAAGUUUGGUAAAUGUUUUAUAACUUUUUUGUUUGCAGAUUCAGUAGUGGUCAGAUGUCAGGAUUCCAAAUAUUUCACUGAACUAGAGAAAGAAGUGAGAGGAGAUUAAUAUAAAUGUGAUACUAUAUUAAGCUGUGAAACAGAAUGGCCUUUGUUUGUGUUUCUGUCACCUACUGGCUUGGUGUGGGACCAUGAACAGGUCAUGAUCACUUACUCUGCACCUUGUUGUACAGCUGUCUGUUUUUAAUGUUAACUGAGUAUGAAGAGAACUGAAGUGAUGUCUUACAUCUGUUUUUAUUUAAUAAUUGCAUAAGACAUACUAGAUAGAGUUGACUUUCUGAGAAAUUCCAGUAAUGCUGGUUUGGUUAAAUGACUUGCUCAGCGUUGUACAUUAUGCAUAUGGAGGCUGAUGGAAUCAGACCCAGGUCUGUGGGGUAUGUUUGUUGCAGCUCGUAACCUUAUCCUACUGUGCUGUAUUGUCAGAGAAACCCUAGGUGAAUUAUUACAUUAUGCUGAUUUCAUUCUUUCAUAUAUGCAUUUGUUGCAUCAUCGUGGUUUACGCAUUACUAUUGCCUUACCCAUUUCUUAAUGGUUGUAUUCCUGGAGCAAGGCCAGACAAAAGUGGAUGUGAAUCAGUUACACAUGUGGCUCACCUUCUAGGAAGGAAGCAAGCGUGAGUGCCUUCAGAUAUUUUUUUUUUUAAAUAAGUGUUUUGGGGGUCCUCCUUCUAAUGAACCUGCAAAUUUAGACCUUAUCUAUUGUGACUGCUGUGACUGUGAUUUUUCUUUUUGUGUGACACUCCUUUUGUUGGUUACAUGAUAUACACUGAUAUGAGUGUCAGAAAUCUGCACUUUUUAAGUCUAUGUGUGUGCCCCCCUCCCCCCAAAAAAAGUUUAAAGGAGAACAGUGAUGUUUGAGUUUCGCUCUUCUCUUGCAUUUUUGAUCUUUGGCAUUUCAAUAGGGAGACAAGUUUUUUGCGUUUCCCUGUUUGCUGCACCUGCCUCCUGCAGCAGCGUUGAUAUCCAGCAUGGUGUUGCCAGGCAGCAUAAAACCCUAAUCCCUCCCUUUGCUUGGGGAAAGGUAGCCCUUGGCUACUUGGGCUUCCUGUAUCUAGCUGCCUGUCUGGUGUCCAGGUCACUGGCUGAACAGGGUGUGCAAGGCAGUGCAAGCAGUACCCACCGUCUGUGUGAUCAGCCAACAGGCUGGUUGUUGUAACUUGAUACAGGAUCAAUUUUGCCAUCAAAUUUUCAUCCUUGUUGUGAAACACUUGCCUGUUGAUGCCUGAUUGUCUUCCAUACAGAAGGGGACUCUGUCCUUGUACCAAUGUCAUAUCCUAAGAACCAACACAAAUGAGCCAAAACUGUAAAGCUACUCCUGUUGCACUGACGCAGACUAGUGAAAAGAAUCCAAGCCAGUCACACAAAAUCCUUUCUUAAAGAACCUGAGCACUUUCAUUCCACCUUUUUGUUUAAUUUCAUCAGAACAAAUAAUCAUUAGUAAAAAAUCUUGCAUGUAUAGUCUCUAAAAAUCACGAUACAAAAAUCAAUCACAUGAUAGUACACAUGAUAAAUGAAAUGAGAAAGAUAUAAAAUCAUAAAUAAUAAGUAAAAUGGAGACACACAAUUAAAAAAUCUCAAAUUGUCUCCAUCUUAAAACUGGAUUCAAGGAGCAUGCUUCAUUCAGUCCAGGAAUAUUGUGGCAUUAAGCCAGUGCUGCCAUUUGAGUUCCCUCAAAUUUAAAUGUUCGUCAAUAAUGUGGCUCUGGGGUUAUUUUUAACCUGAUCAAUUACCAUAAAACCAAAUCCAUGACUAUUAAAUUCUAUGACAUGUUUACUUAAAGCAUUAGACAUUUUUUUUCUUUGUAGUAUCCAGAAUAUGUUCUUAAACAUGUUCUGUAAACCUCCUUGAGGUUUUUCCUACAUAAAAUGCUGGGCAAGAUCUGCAUUGUGCUAAAUAUACAAUAUUAUUUGUGGCACAAUUAAAACUUCCAUUUACAUUGUAUGUUUUCCCUCAUAUAAAAAACUGGUCUCCACAUAUAUUAUGUACACAUUGGGAACAUAAACCACAUUUAUUUGUGCCAUUCCUGUUUGUUUCAACUUUUCUUGUAGUUUUUUUUUUGUGUUCUAACAAAUAUUUAAAACAUUUAUCCUUUUUUGUAUUUAAAUUAUGGUUUUGUCUCCAGUUUGUCAGUUAAGCUAUGAUCCACCAAAAUUACUCAACAGUUCUUAUUGAUAUAAUCUAGAGUAACUUCACCGUCUAAGGAAUAUGUGGAAAUAAAAGAAAUCCCUUUACUAUCAACCUUAUGUGUAGAAAUUGUAGACCUUUCCCCCAACAUAGGGUUCAAGCUAGGACAGUAAACCCCCUUCUGUCUCUUACUAACAACCUGUGUUCUGAUUUAAUUAAAAAAAUUUCAACCAGAUAGUCUCUAUCAUAAAACAUAGCCAUCACUUUGUCACAUUCAGCACAGAAAAUAUCAGUUUCAUAAACCAUUCUGGCCAGGCGCACCAAUUUGUCCUUUUACAAUGGAUUUUUUCUGAUGUCAGGGGUGCCAACUUGAAAAAUGAAGGUAAGAAUUUAAAAAGUUGGCUUAUGGUAGAUGUUAGAAAUAAAUCUGUUAUUAGCAAUGUCUUUUCUAAUUUCCAUGUCCAAAAAAAGAUAUAAUCUGAUCAUCAUAACAAUGAUAAAAGGACAAAAAAUCCACAGUAUUGUUAAUAUAAAUUAUAAAUUCCUGGAGUUUGUCUGCAGAAUCAUUCCAUAAAAGGAAUGUAUCGUCCAAGAAUUUUAUAUGUAGGGACCAACAAUUCACAUAACCACUACUGUAGAUAAAUUGGUCUUCCCAUUCUGCCAUAACAUUAAAGUAUUGGUCUUUGAAAUAUAGAAAGUUAUUUUUAAUAUUGUUUCCAUCAAGACAAUCAUUGCAUUAGUUGCAUCUGGUUCUAAUUCCAUAUUUUUAUGUAGUUGUUUCACAAGCCAACAAAGGCCAACGUUGUGGAAUAACUGAGAAAAGAUUAUGGAUAUCAGUGGUAACAAAAAUCACUUCACACUGGAAGGCUAUGUUGUUUAAUAAACUUACAAAACGCCAAGUGUCUUCACAAAUCUGGGCAAUUUUAGUAAGACCUUCUUUAAGUUUUGUAUCUAACAACUUUGCUAUAUGAAAAGUCUUAGAGCAAUUAGCAUUUCCUGUAGGACAAACGGGGUGCACAGUGUUUUAUGCAAUUUAGGUAUACCAAAAAUGCUUGCUAUGACAGGUUUAUCAUUGCACAUAGAAUCGUAAUCAAUUUUUGAGAUCUGCCCCUGAAGCAACAUAUCUUCAGGUAAUAGAUCAAUUUUUAUAAAAGCUGUAUAAAUCUCAUUUUUAGAAACACUCUGGUAUGGGUCAUUCAUUAGUGAAGACUUCAUUUCAUUAUUAUAGUCAACUUGGUUCAUCACCACAAGACCCCCAUGCUUGUCAGGUUUCAUGACAUAAGAAAAAUCAUCAGUAAUAUCAUACAAAAAACAAGUUUCUUCCUUAGAUAAGUUGUAGUGUUUGUUUUUCAUUGUAUUUUUUUAAUAUCUGUCUUGUAUCAAAUUCACACAUCUUGUUGAAGGCAAGAUAAAUUUUGCUGAAGGGGAGGGUUAAAAAUACUAGGCCUAUACAGUUUGUUACAUGAUGCACCACUACCAUUAUGUUGACACCAAAUGGAUAAAAUAAAUUUACGGACAUUUGUAAAUCAAUCAGUAUGUCUGUCAUAAUGGCUCUUCUCGCUGGCACAGAAGUAAAGCCUUUAGCUAGCACAUUCGCAUGUCCCGUAGUCAAGUAUUUUGAAGAAUAGUUAUAAAUUUUAAAAUCACCUUCAUCAUUUAAUAUAAUGUCUACUAGUAAGUUCUUAGUUGAAAUGUCAGUAAGUUUACUAACCAUUAUUCCAGUGGUGAUGGUUGCAUUAAAACUUCUUGGGCUCCCCCCCUGCUUCCUGUACAUCUCGUUUAAAUCCUGAUGUCCCCCAUUGUUUGAAUGCUGCUGAAAAUUCCUUAUCUGUUUGAAGUAUCUCACUGGUUCCUGUUCUAAAGGGGGUGUUGUCUCAUUGCAACCUCUGUUUGAAAUUUUUGAAUCACUAGGCGGAACCGAAUCACCAGAAUGAACUUGAUUGGUGGAGAAUGGGUGAUUGCCAAGCUGACACGGUAGAGUAGGACAUACCCUCACCUUUGCGUAUUCAUCCAUGUCGCUCUUAAAUUUUUGAAUUUGAUGCGGAAAUAGAGCAUUCCAGAUAGAGUCCACUUUGUUAAACAAAUUAAGGUAAUUUGUUUCGUAGUGACUAAACAUCAAAUCUUCAUGAUUCAUUUUAUUCAUAGAGUCAGUCUGAAGGGAUAGUUGUUCCAAUUCAGUAUUAUUGUAAUUUCCCACAGUACACAUAAUAUCCACACCAGCUUUAUUGAAAACAGCAUACGACUCUCUUAACAUGUCAGCUUUUCCAGCUACCCUCAUUAGGGAAGCGCCAAUGUCUCAAACCUGUGGGGACGAUAUGAGCUUCAAUAUUUUUUGUUAAAUAAAAGUUUUCUAACUAUAGUUUUUUAUCUCAAUAGCAGUUUUAAAACUCGCACAGCCUUUCACUCAGGGAAAGAGGUUGAUUACAAUUAAAAGAGGUGGCUGGUGUCUCCAAAUUAACAUUAAACGUGAUUAGUCUUCCAGUCAACAAAUUGAAAAGUUGGAGAAGGAGAAUUUAUGAGGUCCUGACCUGACAAUACAUAUGAUUGAGUCAGAGGUAGUCCUAAACUGCAGGUGGUAGGACCGUCUGUGCCCAUUUGUGAAAGCAGUCCAUUAGAUAAUUGCAUAGCUCUCAACCAUUCGGAGACAAAUCUCAACAGAAUCAGGGACAAUCAGGGAUACAUUUUAAAUAUUAUUACUUUUAACUUGAUGCAUUGACAGAAUGAAAGAAUAUCAAUUAAUAUACAUUUUCUGAACUAAAAGAAGUCUGUAACUCUAAUUACUAUUAUUAUUUAUUGAGUGCAAUUCGUCACCUUUUCUCCAACAGUCACCAGUUUUAAGAGGGACAAACCUAAAAUUUGAGUCAAAAUCAGGGGCAGUUGAAGUCCAGAUAAUUGACUGACUUGUAAUAACAUUGCCAGGUCUCCCAUGGUACCUGAAUUCUCCGUAUUACCAGUUCCAAAGUCUGUUACUGCACACGCUCCAGGAGAAGACAUAGUACAAACUAAGAACCAACACAAACGAACCAAAACUGUAAAGGCACACACCUGUUGCAGUGCCACAGAAAAGUGAAAACAAUCCAAGUCAGUCGCAUAAAAAUCCUUUAUUACAAAACCUGAGCACUUUUGUUCCACCUUUUAUGGAACUUCAUCAGAACUAACAAUCAUUAGUAAAAAUCUUAACAUAUUUACUGUUUAAAAAUCAGUCACGUGAUAAAGGAUUUUUACGCGGCUUACUUGGAUUCUUUUCAGUAUUCUGGGGCACUGGAACAGGCUUGUGUCUUACCAAUGUUGUAUCCUGUUACAGACCAGACAACAGUUUUAAAGACAAAUGCUCCAUUUGUUUCUUGGGUCACACCAACAGUGUGCAAAAGCAUAUACCCCUUGAAGGCUUGUAGUAUCAUAUAGCAACUUGAAUCAUGAGCCACAAGUGAAUCAUUUGCUGUAGAAUCUUGUUUGUGUCAAAACCUUAACUUGCUUGUGUCUCUGGAAGUCAUAUGGUUAGAAAGACUGCAUAAAUACAACACAUUGUAGUACAUAAAUUAAUUUAAGAUGCAGUAUUUUACCUAAUCUUGGAGAAUUACUUGAUCCACCUUCAGAGGUAUUAAUUGUUAGCAGUGUGCAUAUGUAUUCAGCAGGAUACAUUCACUUUUCAUUGCUUAAUGUAUCAAUGUAUCACAGCAAGAGGUUCUCCAGUUCGAUCCUUGGCUGGGGUGCCUUCUGUGCGGAGUCUGCAUGUCCUCCCUGUGGUCACAUGGGUUUCCUUCGGGUACUCCAGUUUACUCCCACACCCCAAAGACAUGCUGUAGGUCACUUGGACACUCUUAACUGGCCGUAGGCGUGAGUGCAUGCAUGUGUGUGCCUUCUGUGGAAGGUUGGGCGGCGGGCUGGCACCUCGACACCGUAAAACUCCACUGCCAAUCAUGAGCGGACAAGGUGAUCCGCUGUGGUGACCCCUAACCGGGAAAAGCCAAAAGAAGAAGAAGAAGUAGAACACUAAAAAUGGUACAUUUGGGAUAACAGAUGGCAUAAAUGAAAUAAAAAUAAUGCAGCUGUUUGAAAUAAUAAACAAAUAACUGCUUGAGGUGUUGUAUGAUGUAUUUUACUAGCUACCUGACCAAAAAGGUUUUCAUUUGGAUUUCACCUUAAUAAUAUGGACCAAAUGAGGUUUAGCUGUGUGGGUUAUUGUUCUACAAAUCUGUAUUCUCCUUGAAACAUCUUUGCUUCACCAGGCCAGGAUUAGGUGUUGUGACUUUGGAUGUUAUCUCGGGUCUUCCUUGUUUGAGCAUUACACUGGCACAUAUGUGUGUGUGUAUAUAUAUAUAUAUAUAUAUAUAUAUAUAUAUAUAUAUAUAUAUAUAUAUAUAUAUAUAUAUAAUGUUUUAAAGAAAGUGCUAGUAAUGAAGAAAAGUUUUGAUGUCUUGUGCCACAAUGAUUUGGGUUCUGCACUGAAAGAAUGACGCUGUGCAUGAAAAUGCUAGCAGUACUUCCUAGACUUGCAGUUAAUGGAACAUAGAUUGUAAUCAGUGGAGGCCGAUAUAGCUGCUAGCUGUGAGAAAUAUCAGCCGUUGAAUCCACUGCACAAAAAAUAGUUACAGGGACAAACCAGCCUCUUUGUUUGAAGAAACUGAUUUGACAAUAAGUAUGGUAAGAACGAAAUCUAAAUUAAUUGUAAUUAUUUACAAGACAUGAGGUCUUAUAAUACUUACAUUUUGCUGUUAUAUUUACUUCUUUAUAGCUAUCCAGUUUUUCUUUGCUCACCUGCAUAACUAGUAGUAUUGAAUCUUUACGAAGUUUUCCUCUUGUAGCCCUCCUGGCAUAGAAUGUCUAAAAAUGUGUUUGUGAUAUUAUAUUAAAGGACACACAUACUGAUCUGAAUUACAUGUUAACAGGGUUUUUAAAUUGGAAUGUAGAAUCAUAUGAAAAAAUCUAGAAAUGCUUAUUUCAGGCUGUCUGCUUUCAUCCAUAACCCUUUGCACUUGUGAGUUGUUUUCUUCCCAUGAUUAGGAUAUUCCUGUAUUUAAUCAUGUACUUCUGUUUGUAAUGUUGACUGUUUUUUUAACACCGUAUGCUCACUAACUUGCAGAAGGAGUGAGGUAGAACACUCACAGAAUAGGACUGUAGUAGUGUAAAUGAAAAAAUGAAACAUUUUACGUAUUAAUGCCAUAGUAUUGCUGAUCGUCUUGAAAAAGAGUCUUACCUGGUCAUGUGUGCAGAAGCUCCAUUUUACCAGGUGACAGUCCAGUGACAGAUUUUCAAGCAGUUCCCAUGUGGAUACUUGUUGCCUUGGCAGUGUUAGUGUGCUUGUUGAUUUGAUGACAUGACUGCCAAUAUCUUUCUAUGUGUGCAAGUUGUGCUAUGAAUUCAUAAAAAAAAUCUCAAGUAACGACUUUUCA